GCCGGAGCGCACCAUGGAGGCGGCGGCGGGCGGCCGGGGCGGCUUCCAGCCGCACCCGGGGCUGCAGAAGACGCUGGAGCAGUUCCACCUGAGCUCCAUGAGCUCGCUGGGCGGCCCGGCCGCCUUCUCCGCGCGCUGGGCGCAGGAGGCCUACAAGAAGGAGAGCGCCAAGGAGGCGGGCGCGGCCGCGGUGUCGGCGCCGGUCCCCGCAGCCGCCGAGCCGCCGCCCGUGCUGCACCUGCCUGCCAUCCAGCCGCCGCCGCCCGUGCUGCCGGGGCCCUUCUUCAUGCCGUCCGACCGCUCCACCGAGCGCUGCGAGACCGUGCUGGAGGGCGAGACCAUCUCGUGCUUCGUGGUGGGCGGCGAGAAACGCCUGUGCUUGCCGCAGAUCCUCAACUCGGUGCUGCGCGACUUCUCGCUGCAGCAGAUCAACUCGGUGUGCGACGAGCUUCACAUCUACUGCUCGCGCUGCACGGCCGACCAGCUGGAGAUCCUCAAAGUCAUGGGCAUCCUGCCCUUCUCGGCGCCCUCGUGCGGGCUCAUCACCAAGACGGACGCCGAGCGCCUGUGCAACGCGCUGCUCUACGGUGGCGCCUACCCGCCGCCCUGCAAGAAGGAGCUGGCCGCCAGCCUGGCGCUGGGCCUGGAGCUCAGCGAGCGCAGCGUCCGCGUGUACCACGAGUGCUUCGGCAAGUGUAAGGGGCUGCUGGUGCCUGAGCUCUACAGCAGCCCGAGCGCCGCCUGCAUCCAGUGCCUCGACUGCCGCCUCAUGUACCCGCCGCACAAGUUCGUGGUGCACUCGCACAAGGCCCUGGAGAAUCGGACUUGCCACUGGGGCUUCGACUCCGCCAACUGGCGGGCCUACAUCCUGCUGAGCCAGGACUACACGGGCAAGGAGGAGCAGGCUCGCCUGGGCCGCUGCCUGGACGACGUGAAGGAGAAGUUCGACUAUGGCAACAAGUACAAGCGGCGGGUGCCCCGGAGUCUCGGCUGCGUCCACCCUCGCCAGCGCCUCUCCGCCUUCCGACCCUGGUCCCCCGCUGUUUCCACGAGUGAGAAAGAGCUCUCCCCACACCUGCCAGCCCUGAUCCGCGACAGCUUUUACUCCUACAAGAGCUUCGAGACAGCUGUGGCCCCCAACGUGGCCCUCGCACCACCCGGCCCAGCAGAAGGUUGUGAACAGCCCGCCAUGUGCCACCGUCGUCUCCCGGGCCACCGAGCCUCUCACCACUUGCAUUCAGCCGCGGAAGCGGAAGCUGGCCGUGGACCCGCCUGGAGCCCCCGAGAUGCUCCCGCCCGGAGCCCCGGAGGAGGACAAGGACUCAGAGGCUGAGGUCGAAGUUGAAAGCAGAGAGGAAUGUAAGUUCACGUCCUCCUUGUCCUCGCUGUCCUCCCCGUCCUUUACCUCAUCCAGCUCCGCCAAGGACCUGAGCUCCCCGGGCACACACGCCCCAC